CUUCAACUUGUUUUUCACCGCUUCUUUCGUUUCGCGGAAUUUUCUUGCUUCAAUAUUUUUUUCUGUUACGUUCUUCCUUUGUUCCUUCAAGUGAUAACUAAAUCAAUUGAAUUCUAAAACAUGACAUCUGCUUCUACAUCUGACAUUUUUCAAUUUAAAAUAACUUUGAAGGGGGCCCAACCUCUCAUAUGGCGUCGUAUUCAAAUUUCUAAAAAUGCGACUUUUGAAAAAUUCCAUUUGGCUGUAAAUAAAUCCAUGGGUUGGAAUGAAUCGCAUGUGCACGAAUUCCGUUUAAAGACUAAGACUGAUGUCAUUGGCCCUAAAGAUAGAAGUUGUUUUAUUGACGCUAUGUGUUGGGAUAACGUACUUGGAAAACGAAAUAUCCUGGAUGAAUCUAAGAUUAAGAUAUCUACUCAUUUUAAUAAGCCGAAGGACUCGAUGGUGUACGUGUAUGAUCUGGGUGAUAGAUGGACACAUAGCAUUGUUUUAGAAGAUAUCCUGCAAUCUCUUCCUAAGAAAAAAUAUCCUGUUUGUCUGGAUGGCAGAAGAGCUUGUCCUCCUGACGAUUGCGGUGGAGAACCUGGUUUUAAAGAUCUGCUUGAAAUUUUGUCUAAUCCUCGCCACCCUGAAUUUAAAGAAAAGAAGGAAUGGUUAUGUUAUAUUGGUAAAAGAAAUUGGAAACCUGAAGUUUUUGAUGUUAAGUCUGUCAAAUCGUGAAGAAAUGUAGAUUGAGGUAUCUUACUGAUGUGAUAUAAGAGACUAAUAAUUAUUUUAGCUCCAAAUUAAUAAUUAUUGCAACUUUAAACAAAAUAA